AUGGCUGUGAAUGACACUUCAGGGUUUUUCCCCCCACCGUUUACUUCCCUAGAGACUUUUUCCUUCUACAUUAAAGUUCGUGAUGGACAGACGACUGCCGUCCCAUACAUCUGUGGAAUCGGAUUCGUGACCAACCUGGUAUCGUUGAUUGUAUUCGUACAACCUAACCUCAGACGUUCCUCAUGUGGCGUCUACCUGGCGUCUAAAUCCGUGUCUGACCUAGUUUUUCUGCUGACUGUGUUGAUCGUUUGGUUGACCCGAGUGGACAUCAAGAUAUUUUUCACUUCCGGUGUGUGUCAGACCGUCAUCUUCUGCUCCUACUUAUCCUCCUUCGUGUCUAUCUGGCUGGCUGUCGUGCUGACUGUUGAAAACCUGCUCUGUUUUAUCAGACCUAUGUUAUUCAAGACAUACUGCAACGCUACUUCCGCUUUACUCAUUACCAUAUUUAUAGAUGUAGUAGGAAUCGGGAUUUACCAGCUUUCAACCUGGAACAAUGGGAUAGGAAACUUUUUCGAAAUACCACCAGACUCACAAAAACAAUUGAAUGCAAUGGAAAGAAAUAAGAUUGAAGUUCAGAAUGAAGUACAAACACGACUAAGUGACAAUCUUCAUUUGUUUAAUGAAACAGUUGUAAAUAUGGAGCGGAAAAUAGAGGUCAAUAUCAGUGGACAACUCUAUGAAGGAAUUUGUACACAUUUGGAAAUCUACGCCGAUUAUAUACUUAUCAUGACAUACAUUGACACGUUAUUAACCAUUAUCAUCCCGAUUGUUAUUCUUGCUGUAACCAACGCCGCCAUUGCCAUCAUCGCCUGCCGCACCUCUAGAAGAACGAGAGUACGAAACAGAGCGUCCACCAGCAACAACAAUUCAAAGGCUACAUUGGUCAAAUCGCGUCUAACCGCGGCUGAGCUGGAAGCUAGAGCCUGUAAAUUUUUGUUUAUGGUAUCCAUGACGAUCCUCGUUUUCCACACACCAAGUCACGUGAUACGACUGACGACGCUCUUCUCCUUUGGAUGGCUGGAGGUCGUCCUUCAGAGACUCUUCGAGACUUUGCUCUACCUACAUUACGUCAUCAACUUUAUUGUCUACAUUAUAUUUGGUGAUAAAUUCAGACAAGUGCUGUUAGCUAUUAUUAACACACAAAAAUAA